AUGCAUAUGAACUUAACAGAUUUUCCAAAAGAGAUAUUCACAAAUAUCCUACGUUAUCUAACUCCAGAAGAUAUCCAUAACUUAUAUCAAAUUCCCCCAAUCAGGGGAUAUUUAAAAACUAUCAUAUCAAUACAUACCGAUGAUGAGAAGAUUCCAAAUGUUAUGGACUUGACUCCACGUGAACGUCAAUUAUUAGCUAAGUAUUGCCACUUUAUAAAUAUUCAUGGCUCUAGUGUCAAUAGGAUGAAACAUCUAAUAAGAAGAAAACGAGUCAACAUUGCACUUUUUGAAAUUUAUGAACUCUUGUAUGAUUUUGAAUCAUUUAUGAAUUUUGUUUAUAUGACCAAUGCAUCACCUAAAGCAGUAACUGUGUGGCAUAAUUUCCAUAUAUGUAUGAAUUUCCAGAAUGAAGUGAUAUCACCAUUAUAUUCAAAACAUAAUAAAAAAGUUUUUGGAUUAAUUAAUAAAGCUAUUGGUGAACAAGGUAUUCAAAAAAGUUCAUUAAGUUAUUUAUGUUUUAAAACUUUAAAACAUAUUUAUCUUACACAUAUCACAAUUGAUCCAAACUCUAUUGAUAUACCUUUAUUAACCACUGCAACUUUCAUCAAUUGUAAAAGUGCUGAUGAGAAGAGUUUUUUCAAAUUUAACAAAUUGCAACAUUUAAAUUAUCAAGGACCUAAUUUUGGAUCAUUUGGAAAAUCUUUAAAUUAUUCCACUCAUUUACAGAAACUUGAAUCAUUAACUUUAGAAAAUGUGGGUAUGGUUAUUUUUGAUACUAAACGUCAUUCAUAUUUCAAGAGUUUAAAGUCAUUGAUUAUCAAAACUGAUACAGAAUUUGCUGAAUUGAAUGAUCAUGUUAUAAUGGAUCUUUGUGAUUUCCCUAAAUUGAAUCAAUUGAAUAUCAAAAUAUUUGGUGAAGUGGUAAUGGAAGGGAUUGAAGCUCCUUUACUUGAAAAAAUAAAAAUUCAUUGUACAUAUGGUAACAUUUAUAUGAAUUAUGUAGGAGCUCAUAGUGUGAAAGAAUUUAUACUUAUAUCUGGUGGUCAAUUACCAACUAUAAACAAUGUGAUGUUCAAAAGAUUCCCAUCUAUGGAACUUUAUUUUGAGAAUAAUAAAAAUAUUGAAAAUUUGAAAGCACAAGAUGUUGAAUGGUUGAAAUAUGCUUCAGAUUUGAAGACUUGGGAAUCUUGUAUUGAUGUUUUACGUCUUGUUGAUUUCAAAUAUUUGAAAACUUUCGAAAUGGCUGAACCUAGACAUUUCAUUCCUCAAACUCAAGUUUGGUAUAACCAAGAGAUUGUCAUUAAUGCUCCGAUACUUGAAAGUGUAAAAUUGAAUUGGAGGAAACAUUCACUUGAAAUGACAGAAUUCAAUGCACCAAGUUUGAAGAGUUUAACUUUGAAUGUAUGUCCAAUUUUGACAAGUUUAAAACAUCCACAAUCACAAUUCCCCCAAUUAGAAAGUCUUAUCAUCAGGAAUCUUAAUCUUGAUCAUCAUAUUUCUCUUGAUGAUGAUGGGUUGGUUUUACCCAGUUUGAAACAACUUGAAAUUGAACCAUCAGGAUUUGAACCUAUCAAAUUAAAAAAUUGCACAUUCCCACAAUUAACACAUUUUACAAUUCAAAGACCUAGAAUCACCGGUGAACCAUUAGAUUAUUUCCAAAGUUUGGAUAAUGAAUUAAGUUUCACUGCACCAAAAUUAAUUGAUCUUAGACUUGAAAAAUUCCAUCUCCAUAAACUUGAACUUUUAGACCUUCCAAAUUUAAUCAACUUUAGAAUCACACAUGUUGAUAAUUUCAAAUCCACCGUAAUUGAGAAGUUAGAAUAUCUAUUACUAAAUCCUUAUUCCAACAGAGUUGAGCUUUUAUGUCCGCACUUGAGACAUUUGGAGCUUACAGAACCGUUCCCUGAUGCAAAUUUUGUCUAUGAAUUGGAAGAUAAAUUGGGGUUCUAUAUUGGUAGAAACAAGGCUAUUGAAAAGCGAUAUAAUGACUUGAGAUUUGUAUACUCAUUUGGGGUUCAAAGAUGGAAGGGAUGUAAUACCGUGUGUAAUAAUUAA